ACAUAAACCGUCGUCUGUCCUUGUCAAGUCGCGCAGGUAAAACCAGUCCCGCAUCACCACCUCCAUCUCCGAAACUGCCCCUCAAUUCCUCACCAGUUCCUCACUCACAACCAAACCACCAGGGACGAUAUCCCCAACCAAUCACGAUGUCAUCAGUCUCCAGCGCCCCCUUCGUCCUCGACACACCGACAAUCCUCUGCAUCGGAUUCGCGCUGUCUUUCAUGCCCAUCGCCUACAUCCUCGGCCGAACGCUGAUCCCCUCGACCCACGCACGCAACCGCCUCCUCUUUUUCUGGCACGCCUACGACGCCCUCACCCACAUCUUCAUCGAGGGCUCCUUCCUCUACCAGUGCUUCUUCAGCUACACGACCGUGCCCAUCGGCUUCAACCGCGAGCCGUACUUCCUCGGAUACAAGGACCGGGUAUACGGCGCCGCCCACGGCACGGGGCCCAGCGCCCGGCUGUGGCAGGAAUACGGCAAGGCGGAUGCGCGGUGGGCGGUCGCGGACCCGGGGGUGAUCGCGCUCGAGAUCCUCACCGUCGGGCUGGGCGGCCCCGCGGCCAUCUACGUCUGCUAUCUGCUGUGGCAGGCGUCCAGCGGGAAGUCGAGUGCGACGGUGCGCGGCGCCGCCAAGGGAAAGCUGUGGCUCGUUGCGCCGGCCCUGGCGACUGCGGAGCUCUACGGCGGGUUCAUGACUUUUGGUCCGGAGUGGUUGACGGCCAGCUCGCAGCUGGCGACGGAUAAUCCGGUGUAUUUGUGGUUUUAUCUGUUCUUCUUCAAUACGCUGUGGGUGUUUAUUCCGGGGUGGGUGCUGUGGGAGGCGUUUAAGGAGUUGAAGGGGGCGUUUGUUAAGGCGGAGGGGACGAGUGGGAAGAAGAAGCAGUAGAUAUAUGUGCUUGAAUGGGUACGGGAGGAGAAGGGAUAGGGGGUGGUUAAUGAGUCGGUGCUUUGACAGCGAGAUACCAUACUAUAUUUAGCUUCCGGGGGUCAAUUCUUUGUUUCGGGUUAGA